AAAUUAUUGUCAGGCGCAGUGACCUUCACGUUCUUGUAAACUAUACCGAAUAAGGCAAGGUUGCUGUAAAAUCCGUAACCAUCCAAAUACUAACGCUGUUUACUAUGGCAGUAUUUUCAUGCAAUAGAAACAGAAACCACAUGCUAUGGACCUUACACGUAAAAUAAUAAAGCAAUUCCAGAGCAGACAUUUUAAAUCCACAAGGACUGUACUGUACCCGAAUAUCUGCUGCUUUAUGCAACCUGCUUUUAAAACAUAUUAAAAGAAAUGACAGUUCUCUUUGAUUCAUCAGGCACAAAUUCAUGCUUGUGUGCCCUUUUUCGAGCUAUUUACUAUUGCCGCACAAAAUUUCCUAUAUUUGCAAAUAACAAAUGUUGGACAAAUUCUUGUUUUACAGUUAGAUUGCUUACUUUUGACAGUACCUCUUGGUUAUAUUCGUGAAAACUCAUAAGUGUAAGUCAUUCGGUAAAUACAAGCACCAGUGAAAGAAUUUCAAAAGCCCGGUAGAUCGCUAAUCAAAAAGUUACAAGAAAUACCCUUGAUGGGAUUUAAAACACUUUAACUGGUAAGAUUAUUGACUCUUAAUAGUAAAAUAAUUUUCAGAAACAAUGUUUCAAGUCCUGAUCAUUUCUGCUUAAUUGAACUUUUAAAGGGUGCAUUUUUGUGAAACUGUAGAAAAUAAAGUGAAGUAUAUAAAGAACAUUUACUAUCACCUCGAUGGAUUACUGCAUUUAGCUUGGUGCAUAGCUGCAAUUUAAUUUUGCUUUCAUUAAGAAUCUCAAACGGAAUAGCUCAGCAACAUAUGGAGCCUUCCUCAAGGAGACUUUUAUCACUAAAAUUGUGAACUUGAAUGAAUGAUCUUUAUUUAAUUUCUUUUAUCAGAAAAACUUGUGACUUUACCUUUUUGUUAAAAAUAGUUGUUUCAGUACAUUUCGCCCACUUUCACUGACAAUAAAACCAUCUAUAUUGUCGUUACUCCACUAACUGUUUUUUUUCGGUUAGUGAUUGAUUUUUAGAAGAAAGAAUUACCAGGUUAUUAAUGUGCUUUUCAAAAUCAAAUAUGCAGCAACACCUUUCUGUACGACAGACUUGCAUUCUCUUACCACUGAACUGCCAAAAGUCAAAUACCAAAACCUACUGAUACAUAAACAUUUUCUGUUUCAGGUUUUAAAAUGAGACAAAUUAAUCUACUGCAAAUACUGAUUCUGAUUUAUUCAUGCCAAAGAUCGGAAACAUUUUUGCACAUUAAUACAAAAACCCUAUGUUCUAAUCCUGAUCAAAUUUCAAUUAUCGGUGGGGAGCAGAGACGCUUGGUUACUGAAGGUGGUCGUGUCACACUGAUAUGCUGUGUUCCGGGUAAAAGCAGUGGUCAUGAUCACGAACAGCUUAUAUGGAAUGGACCAGAUGGCAAAGAAUUAGUGAAUUACUUUUCUACUCCAAUAUCUGAUAGUCAGCAUAUUGCAUAUUCUGUACCAGAUUUCCAUUCAAAAGACCAUCUGAUAACUAUGCUUGUUAUUCAGCAAUUUCGAGCUGAUGACAGUGGUCAAUAUACGUGCCGAAAUGCACACCCUAGUUCAAUGGCUCUUCCAGCUAGUGUAACUAUCAAUGUUAGACCUCGUCUUUUAGCUGAUUUCGUACCACUGCCACCAACUACUCCAGAAGAUUCAGAAUCGGCAGUUGUAGCUGGCGUUGCAGUCUCCGUCGCUCUUGAAGAAGGACGACGAGGUGAAAUCGUAUGCCGCAUUAACCCAAAUUUGAACGUCGACGAUGUCCAGAUCACCUGGUUUUUCCAGGGUCGACAACUAGUUGCUCCUUCAAUCGUUAUGAAGCAAACAGAGCAAAAAGGUUUAUACAAAGUGGAUAACUUCAGUAACAAAAACCAACUCACAGGAGUAGAAAAUUCUGAAAUGUUCCUUUUACCCUCACAAGAAAAAAGCUAUAGUUUGAGGCCAAAUCGACCAUAUGUUGAACAGUUAAACCGUCCCAUCGCCUUGGAUCCAGGUGAAUUAGGAAUACAUAUUAAAGAAAAUGGACAAGUGCUAGAAAUUUCACGGGUGGAUACGCGUCAUUCGGGAAUAUUCUUAUGCAAAGCUGAAACUACCAAUCCAACGUGGUCGCCUAAAAAUCCGGAAUAUGAUUCAAGUAUGUAUGAAAGUGGGGUUGUAACCGCACCUUUCUUUAUACAAAUUCAAGCCAUUCGCGGUAUAGUAUAUUCACGUCCACGUUUACUACCUGGCAGUCCAAUGGAGAUAUUUACAUCAACUGAUUCAGAUGAUCCACAGUUGGUACGUCCAUAUAAGCGUUUUAUUAACAAACGCCAAGGGGAACAAAGUCCAGAAGUAUUUCAAGGUUCACCAAAUUAUCUACAAAGAGUUCAACCUUUAUGGCGUGAAACUGAAAACAUAAAAGAUAAACCUAUCUUGCCAAGUGCAAGAAAGAUAGUCCAAGAGGGUGGGAAACUUACUCUUGAAUGUCAAGCUCGGGGGAGGCCUAGUCCUCAACUUCUGUGGUACAGAGGUGGUAUGGGAUCUUCAGCAAUAUCACCAAGCUCACAAGCUGCAACUUUUGAUCAACGAAUUAGGUCAGCAUUACAACACUUACCUCUAGAGGACGUACAACGAGAGCUUGGAAUACUUAUAGCUGACUUCGAUCAUCUAUUACCUGCUGUUAUGAACUUGGAAAACCAAUCCAAUGAAGGUGUUUUUAAAGCACCUGAUGAUCUCAGUGGUAGUUACAGAAAGGGAACUCAGAAUUAUGAAUUAGGUCGUUUCCAGUUGUCCACUGGUCUUCGAAAAGAUGAUAGAGGCGAUCCGGUCAUAGCAAUGUCACGCUUAACAAUAAACAACUUAAUGCCUUCAGAUGCCACUCGAUAUACUUGUCUGGCUCUUUUGAAUUUAAACCAAUACGGUGGAAAUGGUAACUUCACAGACGUCGGAAGCAUUCUACCAGACGUCGUUUUGAAACCACGAUUUGUCCGUUCAGGCACUCGCCUAAGAGCCAGCGGAUAUCCUGGAGAAAAUUGCAGUUUAACAUGUGAAGCGUAUGGUGGUCUUCCAAAUGAAAUGGGAUUACGUGUCAGACUUCUGAAAGGUCCCGGUGUUACUAAACUCAUUUCUUAUAUGUCUAAUUCUAUGUAUACGGAAAAUAAGAAUCCCGCAAUCAAAACAUAUGAUGGUUUCACUGAAUAUGAGACAGGAUACUCUUCUAUUAAUGAUAGAAAUCGUAACCGGCCUACAUUGCUCUCCGAAAACAGUGGUCUGAUUGAUUCAUCCACAUCCGACGCACAAUACAUGAGUUCUAUGACCGGAAAAAGUAAAAUUGAAGGAUCUAAUAGUAAUAGUUAUAUAGAAAUUGUGAGACCAGGUGACAAUCCUCGAUACCAUUUGACUGUUGAACCAGAUCCACGGAACUCGUAUGCAACAAUUUUACGUUUAGAUAUCACAGAUCUGUCACCAGAAGAUAACUCGUUUUACCUGUGUGAAGCACUUUCCGGACCUCAUUGGCGAGCAUUCACUCCAACUUCAGCUGAACCUCCUGGAAGGGUGACUGUUUGGUUUGCACCCCCAGCAGCCGAACCUAGACGUGUUACAGAAAUAUCAGACACCAUCGAUACAGAUGAUAAUUCCAUUCAGAGUGAAGCAACCACACUGCAGGGAAAAGAUGUUGUUUAUGGUUUAUCACAUUUACCUUCUAAAAUAGCCUGUCAGGCACUGGGACAGCCACCGCCUCAAUGGAAAUGGGUGGGUCCACAAAGCGGACCAAAUGUACCACUAGGUGAACCAAAUAAUUCAAGAGGUUACGUUAAAACAGACUAUCAAGAUGGCGAGUAUUCAGUCAGUGAAUUAACUGUUCCAGCUGGUUAUUGGAAUGUCGGCGUGUUUGGCACAUAUUCAUGCACUGCAUCUAAUAGACUUGGUCAUGCAACAGGACAUGUUCGACUUCAACUGGCGAGUCAUCCUGGCCGACCAACGCUGAGAGCGUGUAAAGUUGAGGCAACUUUAAUUGAGCUGUGUGUCGAACCCCCAACUGAAACUGGAGGUCUACCACUAACUCAUUAUGAAUUAAGGAUUCAAACUCAUCCACGUGGUGCUUUCCACGGACCUUUCGCCUAUCUUCCUGGUCGCAGAGUGCUAAGGUUACCAAAUCUCAUCCCUGGUUAUUACUACCGAUUCGCAUUAUCUGCUGUCUCAAGCGCAGGUCGUGGGCCAAAUGCAUAUUUACAGGUUACAACUAACCAGUUAUCUAAACCGGUUAUAAAGUUACUCGCUUCUCAGAAUUAUAUAAGUCCAACAGGAUACAAUGUUCACUGGAAUGCAGAGACCACAAACGGCAUGGACAUAAAUCAAUAUAAUAUAAAUAUAAGACCAGUAGAAGUUGAUUAUUCUAUGGGUGAGAUAUCUGGACGUCCUAUUGGUUCUUGGACUCACUAUAAUAACAUCGAGCCAUAUUGUGUUGUAUCAGCAGCAGAAGGUCAAAAGAUGUGCAAUUUCCCAAUUGAUGAUCUGAAACCGGAUAGUGCAUAUGAGCUUGAAUUAUCUGGACAGAAUUCAAUGGGAUUUUCUGAAACACAAAGAAUCAUAUUUAGGACAUCAUCACUGACAGGAGUUAAUGGACGCAUACUAAAUAUGCCAUCAACUAUGCGACUAACUGGGAUAUCUAAUCAUAUUCAAUUAGAAAGUAAUUUGAGCAUUUUUAUUUCUGUCAUGUCCUGCAUUUCAUUUCACUUUAUAAUGCAUUUAUAUUACAAUUAUUGAGAAACAAAUCCUAUAUAUACAAAAGUUAACUUAGGAAAAUUUUCCGAUAAUUAAAGUAUUUUUAUCAAAUGUUCAUUUCUUUUCAAAAUGAAAUAUUGGUUUUGAUCUCAUUUGAGACGACUUACGCCAAAUUUUCAAUUCACAAUUCUCAUCUUUAUCUUCCUGUAAUACACAUGAGAACAUUCUUCAUGAUAGAAUCCCUUCAAAAUAUUGAUAUUUCUGCGUUGUUCAAAUAACAUCAAGAUACUUUCAAUAUCCUACACCUUAAUUUAUUUUCCUCGCCUCAUAUUAGAUCGAUGAAUUCAUUAACACUGACAUCAUAUUUCUCAUUUACCCUAUGUGACAUUUAACCUCAAUUAUAAAAACUAUGCUAUCUUGUCAUUCGUCUAUUGUACUUAUCUACUUCCUUAAUUUUAAGAAACUUAUUCAGAAAAAUCAUUAUUCUUUUAGUGUUGUCGUCAGAGACAUUGUGAUAAAAAAAACCUCAUGUGAAAUUACGUACAUUCCUCAUUUUUAACAUGUUAUUUAUUCUCACUAUAUAUACCACUUAUUAAUUCAUGUAGUAGAUGAAUGUGACUGUUUUAUGUUUCCCCAAAAGUUUUAUUAUCCUUAAUAUUACUAUUAUUUACUUUCGAUUUUAGUCAUAUUAACCACGAUUACAAUCAUAAAUAAAUUCACAGACUAUUUAC